GCGGAGGGUUUGACAGAAAAAGCCGGACGUGGAAGCAGGGUGGACAUAAAGACCAGACAGAUGAACUGACGUUACAUUAGGACUCUUUAGACUUCUUCUUAUUAUUUGAAUGAAAUGUUUUAGACAUUCAAACAGCUGACGGAAGUAUGGAGGCUGAAAACUACGUCGCUAAGUUGAAUGAGCAUGUGCAGAGGGCGCGCUGCCAGCUGAGAUAUGAAGACGUCGGCUCUGUCGGCCCUGACCACAUUAAAACGUUUACCGUCAGGGCCAUCCUGAAUGGAAAGACGUAUCCUGAUGGCGUUGGGAAGAACAAGAAGGAAGCCAAACAGAACGCGGCUAAAAACGCCCUCAGAGGAGUGCUGGAGGACCAAACUGAAGCUACUGAAAAGACAGCAGACGUUCCCGCUUCACCGAUCCAUCAGUCAGGUACCAGCACGGUCAACUUCGUCAGUUGGCUCAAUGAAUAUGGACAAAGACAAAGACUUCAAAUACGAGCUGUGGAGUCAACACAAGUGGGAGCAAACUGCGCCCUGCACUUCGUGGUUGGUGAUAAGGCGUAUCCAGUGGCUACGGGAAAAACAAAAAAGGAAGCUAAAGAGGAAGCAGCCAAGCUUGUGUAUCAGGAGAUACGUGGCAGUAAAACCUCAGAGACAGGAGAUGAGAAAAGCAGCUUUGCAUCAAGUCAACAAGAAGCAGACGUCUGCGAUAAGACAAAGAGUCCGAGUGUUAAAGAUUUUCCCGAGACAAGCGUGAUCGGACUCCUCAACAACUACUGCCAGAAAUCAAAGCGCUUCCAUGAUUACGUGUUUGAGAGGAGAUGUGGUCUUCCUAAUAACCCUCAGUUUUAUUACAAAGUAGUGAUCGACAAAAAGGAAUACCUGGUUGGCGAGGGAAAGAGCGUGAAGGAAGCCAAACAGAACGCAGCUCAGCUUGCCUGGUCUGCUCUGCAGGAACAGUCUGACUUUGACAGCCAGAUAUCUCCGGGGUCAGCUGUGUCUGAAGAUUCUGCCCUCGCCAGUCCGUCCAAACCAACAAGCAUAGAGGAGUCCUCUGAUGCUAAGUCCCACAGCGUGCAGACAGCUUCCAGUGACUCCUUCAUUGUUUUUGCAGAUUCUCCGUCUCCUGCCCAAGAUCAGAUUCAGAGUCCUGCAGUGAAGCCGAAAAUAAAAAUUGCAGCAAACUUCAAGAAUGCCCUGAGACAAAGCAAAGAGGAUUUGGUUAACUUCAACGGAGAGAAUCAAACGAAUACGCCGAGUGAGAAAUCAGCAAAGCAGUCAGUCGCUUCCAGGUUUUUAUCCACGUUUGACUUCAUAGAUCGUCUCGGCAAAGGAGGCUUCGGUCGUGUCUUCAAGGCGAGACAAAUACUACUGGACAAGUAUUACGCUGUGAAGGUCGUCCGCUGCAAAGAGAAAGCUCUGAGAGAGGUGGCGGCGUUGUCCGACCUCAAUCACAGCAACAUCGUGCGAUACUACACCUGCUGGCUGGAGGAUUCAGGGUACCAGGGGGACAGUGCAGCAGACAGUUCCAGCAGCACACAGUCGACUGGUAGUUCAGCCUCAAAGUUCCUCUACAUUCAGAUGGAGCUGUGCUACUCGAGCAAUCUCCGGAUGUGGAUCUACGAGAAGAACAUGCAGAGUGUGAAGAAAUCUUUGAAAGAUUCCCACAGACGAGAGGAGAGUCUGAGUAUUGCUAAGCAGAUCAUCAGUGGGGUCGAGUACUUCCACUCCAUGAAGUUCAUCCACAGAGACCUGAAGCCUGCUAAUAUCAUGUUCGGGAAUGACGGGAAAGUGAAGAUCGGAGACUUUGGUCUGGUCACGGAUGAGAAUGAUGACGAUGCUGAGAACCUGAUGGAGAGAACCAUGUGCAAAGGGACGCACACGUACAUGGCUCCUGAGCAGAGGGACAGGAAAACGUACGAUCGGAAAGUGGACAUCUUUGCUCUGGGGUUGAUUUAUUUUGAACUCCUUUGGAACUUCUCCACCGGACACGAAAGGAAAGAGGUUUGGGAAGACGUCAGAAACCAGAAACCUCCUCAAGGAUUCUCACACAAAUUCCCCCUUGAGAGCCAGGUAAUAAAGUCGAUGCUGUGUGUGAAACCAGACGAGCGACCUGAAGCGAGUCGUCUGAAGAGUGACCUGGAGGAGUGUUCUCGUAUACUGACAGCCCUUAAAGAAUCUCGUUGUGACAAUAAGACGUUCUGAUGAUGUGUCUUUAAACUACAGAUGGGGGCCGGUCCUAACUAUUACAACGUGUCCUAACAGCACGCAACGCGAGUGAGCGCCAGCGACAAAAUCAGCUUCAUUCUAUUGUUUCCUAUUGGAGUGUCCUAACCGCCGUUUCAUCCCCGACGCCCCGUUUCUGUUUUCCUCUCUGUCGCUGACGUAGGAAGGAGGGGGCUCUACAACGCUCUGACUCUCCUCCCUCAGCACAGCUCGUUAGCUUGUUAGCUUGUUAGCCCGUUUUACAAAGCGGGGAUAGUGGAGCAUUAAUAAUAUCCACAUCAUGAUUUAAAUGUUGACCUUUGACCUGUGUCAACACCAGAGACGAUCUUUAUUCAGCUGACCGCGAGACGUUUACUGACAAGCCUUACUUAUUUAGCAAUGAGUAAGGUCUUUUACCUGCUUUAUGUAACAUAACAAUGAGUAAGGUCUUUUACCUGCUUUUUGUAACAUAACAAUGAGUAAGGUCUUUUACCUGCUUUUUGUAAAGUGUCUCGAGAUAACACUUGUUAUGAGUUGACGCUAUACAAAUAAAAAUUGAUUGAUUGAUUGAUAGAUUGAUUGAUUGAUUGAUUGAGUGUUGAGAUUUGAGUCGACAACUCGUCAAUACAAAGCACACUUCAGUUUGUCCACCUUCAAAAUAAAAGCACCACACUUUGGACAGAGUGUGUGAUCGUGCGCAAUGCGACAUCCAACACUUGCGUGCUGUUAGGACACGGUGUCAUGUGACUGCAGUGAUUUGAGCUGACUGCGAUCAUUUAGAACUUUUUGAAGAUGCCAAAGUUGAUGAAAAACAAACAAAAAUACCGUCUUUCUAUCAUGAGUUUUACCCGUUCAGGUUAGACUGGGGCGUCUUGAAAGACCCUGUAAUUUUUAGCCUUGUACCUUAUUGAAGAAUUUGCACCCCAACUUACGAUGCACUUAUUCUGUUUCUAUUAUCACUGUCAGGAACGAAACGUGGCCUCUAGGAACCAUCUUACAAAGGUUUUUUUUUUCAGGUCAUGUGACUCUGUUUGAUGUUUCCUCGAACAGAAGACGAUGGCAGAGAGGUUCAGACUAUUGGGUCUACUUUACAAAAGCAGGUGAACAAACUCUGAGUGUAAUCCUGGACUCAGACUUUGAGUUUCCGUCUCAGGGUCUUUGUUAAACACAUGAGAGGGAGUUCUUAAAAAGGCAGCACUAAUAGUGCUCAGAUAAUACCUCUCUCCUGGCAAUGGAAAACAACAACAGAGCCUUAAGUUGAAAAAUGUACGCGUGCAAAGCAACAGAUUAUAUCUUUUGAACAUAUUAAAGAGUUAUUAGUUAUCCAGCAGACAUCGGGGCGGUUUGCAGUGUCAGCACCUCCUGGUCACCUCCCUUUGGAGGUUUUCUGGGCACGCCCAACUGGAAGGAGACCCGGGGUAGACCCAGAGUUCACUGGAGGUAAAUAAAUAUCCCAUCUGGCCUGGGAACGCCUCGGGAUCUUCCAGGAGGAGCUGGAAAAUGUUGCUGGGGAGAGGGACGUCUGGGUUGACCUGAUUAGUCUGCUGCCAUCGCGACCAGACCUCGGAUAAGAGGACGAAAAUUGAGGGAUGGAUGGCUAACAAAAUUAACACAUUUUUUAGCUUCAUCCAGUCAUUUAACGUUCACCUAACUUUGAUUCCCUAGUUGGUAAUUAAAGUUCUCAAAUCCUAACGUACUUUUAGGUUUCAGAUGUAUUGAUUCAGCUGUAACACAGCGUCGGAAACAAACUGCGGCUGGAAACAACGAUGAGCAAAGAUAUGAACCGAGUUAAUAAAGUUUUGACCUGUGAAUAUGACCUGUCUGAACCACUAAAACCAUCAGAAGGAAUACCAGUUUAAAAGAACACAAGUAACAUAUGUAGGUUUUUAAACAUGUUUUUUAAUUGGUGUAAGAACAACUUCUUACAUUUCAUCUGGUGAAAACAAAACCCAGCGUUCUCCUACUUUAGGUGAGAGGUCACGUAUUCCAGAGAAAAAGACCCAGACAGAGUGAUGGAGAUCUUUUCUCAACCUUUAAGUAUACUCGCUUUUAGCUACGCAUGCACAAACGCAUGACAUCAGCCUCGCCUAUCCUGUGCUGAUUUAGAGUGUUGGUUGUGCACGUCCUCAGAAAUUAACACUACGCGAGAUUCAAUAUGCAUAUAACUAGCUGCUCUAUGAUGUGUCAUUGCCGUUGCCUAGCAACAAACAAGCAUACCAAGUAUGUUAACAUUUACGUUCACAAUGCAGCAGGUUGUCUACGCGUACGCGUGGCUCAAAGUGUAUAUUUGAGACUUACUGGGUUUCUUAACAUCCUGAUUGGAUGCAUUGUGCUGCUAAUCACACAGCUACUCACCAGAGAUGUGUGCGCUCAGUCGAAUUAACGGUUAACGACAUCACGCUCGCUAGUCGGCGACAGAGUUACAAGUCGGUUAAACGACUCCUUAAUAUUUUACAUGUUGGCUUUUCAAAUGUAGUUAAACUGCAAUGCAGACACUCACCACUAGCUGGUGCUGUCGCCAUGGACGGGCUGUCGCUCCGGUUAAUGUGCCCGCUCUCCUCGCUCGAGUACCAGGAUGUAAACAAGCACAGUGAACAGAUCUCGUUGGAGCAGAGCGGUUUGGCAGUUUAGAAAAAAGAGGAUCAAAUGAACGUAGCCCCAACAUGUGGACGCUAACCUGCAGGGAGGACCGAAGGCUGGCAGUGCUAGCAUUGCUAAUGUUAGCAUCACUGGCUAAACCAAAUUACCUGGUUAACCAGGCAAACAAUUCUAGAUGAUUUGUGGUCACAUCUCCUGGCAACGGAAAUCGUGUGGUAAUAUACGUAACGUGACAAACGUCAGCGUAUUUUUCAUCUCGUGAUCUCAGAUUUUUCUUCUUUGAGACGGCCCUGGUAGUCCGUCACGUUACGAUCAUUUGGAAGUGUGAAGAAUAAAAUGAAUGAAUUAUGGGUAAUUAUCGUGACUGUUUGUUUAAUCGUGUUCUAACGUACGUGAAGCCUUUAAUCAUGACUGAGGAAACAUUUUAUGUCCUGAGGGUUUUCAUCGUGUGCUGGUCUUGAGAUAUUUGAUUCUGAUUGGUUAAUGUGUUUACAGUGAUGUCAAAUCACAACCUUUGUUUUUAAUAAAGAGGCUGAACUGG